AUGAUGCUUAUCCCCAAGGAAGACCGCAAGAAGAUCCACGAGUACCUCUUCCGCGAGGGUGUGCUCGUGGCCAAGAAGGACUUCAACCUUCCCAAGCAUGGCGACAUUGACACCAAGAACCUCUACGUGAUCAAGGCCUGCCAGUCCCUGACCUCCCGCGGUUUCGUCAAGACCCAGUUCUCGUGGCAGUACUACUACUACACCCUCACCCCCGAGGGUCUUGACUACCUCCGUGAGUGGCUCCACCUCCCCGCUGAGGUUGUCCCCGCCACCCACAUCAAGCAGCAGCGUUCCCACGCUCCCCCUCGUGGCAUGAUGGGCGGUGAGGAGCGUGAGCGUCGUCCCCGUGCUCCUCGUGAGGGUGGCUACCGCCGCCGCGAGCAGGAGAACAAGGAGGGCGGUGCCCCCGGCGAGUUCGCUCCCAGCUUCCGUGGUGGAUUCGGCCGUGGCCGUGGUGCUCCCUCCUCCUAA